AUGGAACUAGAGGAGUUGGAUUAUGUGAUGGUGCCUGUUGGUAUAUUGGUGUUGUUAAUGUAUCAUGUUUGGCUUCUCUAUACUAUAAUCCGCCAGCCAUCUAGCACUGUUAUUGGUUUGAAUGCUCAAACUCGAUAUCAAUGGAUUCUUUUCAUGAUGUCUGAUCCAUUGAAAAAUGGUGUUUUGGCGGUUCAAACAAUUCGCAACAAUAUAAUGGCGUCUACUCUUCUAGCUACAACAGCAAUCACACUAAGUUCACUCAUUGGAGUUUUUGCAAGCAAUAUUUCAGAAAGCAAACUAGUUUAUGGCAACAAUGUUGAGGACAGAAGUUAA